CUCACCCAAAGCUCAGUCACCCUCGAGCACUAAGAGGGGAAGGAGGUACCGCGUCCUGCUCCUCACGUGCUUUGAAUUCAACUCGCCGGAGUCACAGGAACUCGCAAUUUCACAGACACUUUCACGAUUAUCUGCAAGACCUCGAAAUAUAUGACGGUCUCGGUGUGUUGUGCCUGACUCCAUGACUGUGUGACCUCGAGGUGGCUUGAGUGACCUAAGCUGACCCUGGUGUGGUGGGUGAAAAGCGCCGCCACGCCCCUGCACCAGUGAGUGAUGUUACGACGAGGGACGAGACUCGGGAUUCCUCACUUCCUCUUACUGCUACUACUGGGGGCGGCCACUGUGAACAAAAACUAUAACCUACAACCUACAAAACAGGGAUGGAGGCGAGAGGUAACCGAGGAGGCAUCUGCAGAACUUGUGGCUAAAUAAACCAACCAUAAGUGGACUCAAUUCACGGGUGCUUGGGGCUGAGGGUGGACAGGGUGGAGGUGCCCCCGAUGGUGGUGGAGGGUGGGGAGGCGCAGCUGGAAUGUGAGUAUGACGUGGAGGGCGAGCAACUGUACUCCGUCAAGUGGUACAAAGAUGACAAGGAGUUCUUUAGAUUCAUACCAGCAGACACACCUUCCAUCCAAGUGUUCCGUCUUCCGGGGGUCAAUGUGGAUAAGUCUAGAAGCACCAACAGCAGAGUGGUCCUUCAUCGCGUUUCCCUGAGGUCUUCUGGCAAGUACAGGUGUGAGGUGUCAGCAGAAGCGCCCCUAUUCAACACUGAUGCAGGGGGCGGCCGGCUGCUGGUCGUGUACGCCCCCAGGAGUGACCCAUCCAUCUCAGGGGUCCACCGCAGGUACGCCGUCGGGGCCACAGUGCGCGCCAACUGUACCGCCUCCCCGUCCCAGCCCACGGCAGCCCUCACCUGGCUUGUCAACGGAAGGGAGGCCGAAGCGUCAUCCUUACUGCAUUACCCACCCACCAUUACCACUGAGGGCCUUUACACCGCCAUAUUGGGACUCCACUUCCGCACAGUACCAGCACACUUUCGCUACGGUGAGCUGAGGUUACGCUGCGUGGCCACUGUUGCAGCUGGCCAUCAGAGACAUACGACUGUGUACGUGCGACAUGGCCAGACACCGUCACACCCCAACUGCGGGUUAACGGACAGCUGUGACGUCUGGCCGUCUACUGCUUGUGUGUACUAUGGGAUCGGUGGCUGUGAUGGUGAUGAGUCUGCUAGUAUAACACACACACACACACACACACACACACACACACACACACACACUCCUCAAGACGCCUCACCCUUCAAAGCGAGAUGUAAAAAGAAAUACUGUUUAAAACCUUACUGCAAACCAACAAAGAAAAAAAUUUAAUUAACAGCAACAAACUUCUCAAAAAUAAUCAAACUUCAAACCACGUACUCUUCUCUCUCUCUCUCUCUCUCUCUCUCUCUCUGUUUGUCCUUCGAUGAGAGAGAGAGAGAGAGAGAGAGAGAGAGAGAGAGAGAGAGAGAGAGAGAGAGAGAGAGAGAGAGAGUAAACCAAAACCACCACAUAAAAACCUGUUAUUGUAUCAUUAAUAUUUUUUUUGGUUUCUGUACAUAAGUGAUAAUUUAGAAUAUUACUUUCCAUAUACAUAACCUGCCAAUUUGUCUACUGAUAGCUAUGUAUGUAUGUCUGUUAGCUUGUCUGUCUAUCUGGCUGUCUGUCCGUCGUGUCACUUAGAACCCCUUCAAAUGUUAUAAACUUUUACCAAUCUUUUUUCUCCAAAAACGUAAAAAAGAAGAAAAAAAAAAAAACUUUCAAACGCACACCUGUAUAUUCCAAGUUGAUUAAACCGCCACGAGCCAAGU